GAAAUGACGUGGAUCUCCUGGUAGGUACUGUUUAUUUGUCCUUUCUUCCAUUGUUCCCGAGUGACGGGGAGAAAUGGGGCAUUCUCGUGUCCAGAAAUCCAUCCAGGCACUUGCGUAAUCUUUCUUUGCAGACCUGGACGUUGUUUGGGCACUGCUUACUCUUUGGAAGGAGCCUGCGCGCGUGUCGCCUGUGCGAAAAACAGCUCACAGCAGACAGCGCGUGUCCACAUCACAAAAGUACAGCGGUUCUGCCGCUCUCUGCCGCCGCGUGCGCGGUGUAUCACUUUGUCGCGAAGCUUCUGAGGUAGAAAUUUGUAGGACUUGCAUUGUUUUCUCUUUACACUCUGUCUUCUAAUUUCUGUGUUCGAAAACUUUUGUGUUUUCUGUCUUGCCGCACGGCCCCGCUGGUAGAGACCGGGUGGCUUUUUCUGGGCCGCGCCAGCGUUCGCACAGUUCCUCUGCCUUUUUCAGACGUUUGGAAAAUGUCGACUCUUCAGGACAUUCGCUUGCCGACCUGGCAGCAAAUUCGGCGGUUCGUUCAGGACCCCGAAAUCGUCACCGCCGAAGUCCUUUUUCUCAUCCUUACUCUGUCCAAUGUCUUCGUCAUGUACCGCCUUUUCCUCGAUGUGGUCCCCUACCCCGUGUUCGUCACUUGGUGGCAACUGGCGCAGGGUCUCUUCAUGGCCUGGUGUCUUGGUGAAACCGGAAAGGAAUUCCCAAAAUUUGCGUACUUUCCCCGCGUUGAGUUCGACAAGAAGCUGCUGAAGAAACUUGUUGUCCCAUCCAUCGUCAACGCAUUUAUGCUUGUGCUCGCAAACGUGGUGCUCUACCGCACGAACUGCGUUGCGACGUUGCCGGUUACAGUUUCUUUUGCAGUCGUCCUUCACCACGUCACCCGUUUCAUUGGGUGCGGCGAAGAGUACAUGCCCAUGAGGUGGCAAGCCGUUGGCCUGCUCAUGCUCGCCUUCGUCCUCGGCUGCACCGACUCGAUGACUGUCGGCGCCCAGGUCCUCCCAUGGGCAGUGCUGUACUCCAUCUUCUCCGCAGCCUUCCGUGCUGCCUACCUGCAAAAAGUGAUGCACGAAGUCGACGGCCGCGGGAACCUCCUGUACAACCACCAGCACAUCAUCGGUGUCGCCCUGUUGCCCAUCCUCUGCCUCGUGUGCGGAGAAUCCCGAGUCAUCACCAGCAUGCCGAUGAACUUCACUCUGCUGCACACUUGGCAAGUGUGGGGCUGCUUGGUCACCGUCGGCGCUCUUCCGUUUUUGAAGAACAUCGUUUCUAACCGCCUUAUCCGCCGUACCGGCCAAGCCCCGUGGAGAUUCCUCGAGAUCGUGUCCAUCGCCCUGGUCUUCCUCAUCGGUCUCGGCUUCGGCGUUCCCGGCUGGCAAGGAUUCAUCUGCAUCCUCCUUGUCUUGGCAGGACGUACCUUCUGCGCGUACGAUGUUAUCAUGAACGCUGCUGAUGUCGAAGCUGCCCGCGAGACUCGAGGCGGCAGCCGCGCACCUCAGGAGCUGGGCGAUGCUAACGAGCUGGAGACGGGCUCUCAGUCCUCUCAGAAGCCCUUCCUGCAAGCAAUCCAGGAAGAUGGCGGCGAGAACUACGCCGACGUUUGUGACGACGAAGCCCAUUCGAGCUAAGCACUUCUCCGAGCUGAUGCGUUAUGUACUUUAAGGACCUGAGACUCGACGCCAAUACUUCGGCCUUCUUUUUCCUGACUCAGACUGUGUUGUACAUUGGCGACGCAACCUACAUGUAUUUUGAUUAGCGAUGCUGUCAGAAUUGGUUCCGCGUUGUGGUUGGAGAUGGGCACUGAUCCGAUGGGUUGUGAAACUGGAACGAGCGACUUCUUAUGUUUGAACACGCACGGAUGCGGUUAUUUUCCUCCAUGAGUGUCUCUGUCCCGGUGUAUACCGGCUGAGACGUAAGACAGUCUGCAGCUCGCAACUUCCUGUGGUCCAGUAAAAUGUCUUUCGGGGAGAUGUCAUGUCCCAGUGAUGUCGAUAUAGUCUUUGACGUUUCUUUGUUUUUGUGGGAGGGACAGAAACUGGUGUGGUGACUCUGUCACUUGCGCCAGAUAAACUGUAUGACCCACCUGAUUCUCCACUCCUUACGCUUCAACCAGCUGCAGCCCGUUAUCUAGUGCGCGUUACUUGGCUAGUUUCUGCUACACAUUUCGUGUAGGUCCAAACCACAUCUUCCUACAAGAGAUCAGGUGGAGACGGGCAGUUAUCCGUAAGCUUGACAGAUUGCACUUGGAAAUACAGUGGUUGAGCAAUGUAUGUUGCAGGCAGUGUGUCUUAUUAUGGGUUAGAGACCAGUAGCAAACCUUGUACAAAGACUUUCAUACAGUAGAACGGUUGUCGCUUGUUUCUAGUUCUUCACUGGCUUACGAGAGAAGUAUAAAGAGCCAGUCAGUAACCGGGUAUAUUUGUUACACACUUUCUCCGUUGCGCAGUGGUAGACGACGCUCUGUCACGUAACGCGGUUGAAUGCGAACCAAAACCACCCGAAUAUCAGCGGACAGCGCUUGACUGAUGCAAGAUGACCCCUAAUAGCAUCUUGGUAAAACUAUAUCGUUAAACUCUUGGCGAAUGAAGUGAUGCACGACAGAG